CGAGCCGGCUCAGGAGCAGGAGGAGGGAGAGCCGCGCCGCCAGGGAGGGAAGCCGGGGCGAGGCGAGGAGGUGGCGGGAGGAGGAGACAGCGGGGAAAGGUGUCAGAUAAAGGAGGGCUUUCCUCUGGUUUGGAGGCAUCAUGGCCGCUAAGUCAGACGGGAGGCUGAAAAUGAAGAAGAGCAGCGACGUGGCGUUCACUCCGCUGCAGAACUCGGACCACUCGGGCUCGGUGCAGGCAUUGGCUUCGGGCUUGCCGUCGGGGUCGGGAGCCGAGGACGAGGAGGCGGCCGGGGGCGGCUGCUGCCCGGACGGCGGCGGCUGUUCGCGCUGCUGCUGCUGCUGCGCCGGGAGCGGCGGCUCGGGCGGCGGCUCGGGGGUCUCGGGCGGCCCGGGCGGCGGCGUUGGCGGCCCGGGCGGCGGCGGGGCGGGCUCGGCGGCGCUGUGCCUGCGCCUGGGCAGGGAGCAGCGGCGCUACUCGUUGUGGGACUGCCUCUGGAUCCUGGCCGCUGUGGCUGUGUACUUCGCGGACGUGGGCACGGACAUCUGGCUCGCCGUGGACUACUACUUGCGCGGCCAGCGCUGGUGGUUCGGGCUCACGCUCUUCUUCGUGGUGCUCGGCUCGCUCUCGGUGCAAGUGUUCAGCUUCCGCUGGUUUGUGCACGAUUUCAGCACCGAGGACAGCGCCACGGCCGCCGCCGCCGCCUCCAGCUACCCGCAGCCUGGAGCCGAUUGCAAGACCGUGGUCAGCAGUGGGUCUGCAGCCGCGGAAGGCGAGGCUCGCCCUUCCACGCCGCAAAGGCAAACAUCCAACGCCAGCAAAAGCAACAUCGCCGCCGCCAACAGUGGCAGCAACAGCAGCGGGGCCACCCGGGCCAGCGGCAAACACAGGUCUGCGUCCUGCUCCUUCUGCAUCUGGCUCCUGCAGUCACUCAUCCACAUCUUGCAGCUCGGGCAAAUCUGGAGAUAUUUCCACACAAUAUACUUAGGUAUUCGAAGUCGACAGAGUGGGGAGAAUGACAGAUGGAGGUUUUACUGGAAAAUGGUGUAUGAGUAUGCAGAUGUGAGUAUGCUGCAUUUGCUAGCCACCUUUCUGGAAAGUGCUCCACAGCUGGUCCUGCAGCUCUGCAUUAUCGUACAGACUCAUAGCUUACAGGCCCUCCAAGGUUUCACAGCAGCAGCCUCCCUCGUGUCUUUGGCUUGGGCCUUGGCCUCUUACCAGAAGGCCCUCCGGGACUCUCGAGAUGACAAGAAGCCCAUCAGCUACAUGGCCGUUGUCAUCCAGUUCUGCUGGCACUUCUUCACCAUCGCUGCCAGGGUCAUCACCUUCGCCCUCUUUGCCUCGGUUUUCCAGCUGUACUUUGGGAUCUUCAUCGUCCUUCACUGGUGCAUCAUGACCUUCUGGAUCGUCCACUGUGAGACAGAAUUCUGUAUCACCAAAUGGGAAGAGAUUGUCUUCGACAUGGUGGUGGGGAUCAUCUACAUCUUCAGCUGGUUCAACGUCAAGGAAGGCAGGACACGCUGCAGGCUCUUCAUUUACUAUUUUGUCAUCCUUCUGGAAAAUACAGCCUUGAGUGCCCUCUGGUACCUCUACAAGGCUCCCCAGAUUGCAGAUGCAUUUGCCAUCCCAGCGUUGUGCGUGGUGUUCAGCAGCUUUUUAACUGGCGUUGUUUUUAUGCUGAUGUAUUAUGCCUUCUUUCACCCCAAUGGACCCAGAUUUGGGCAGUCACCAAGCUGUGCUUGUGAGGACCCGGUCGCUGCCUUCACUCUGCCUCCAGAAGUGGCCACGAGCACUCUACGGUCCAUCUCCAACAACCGCAGUGUUGUCAGCGACCGCGACCAGAAAUUUGCAGAGCGAGAUGGUUGUGUACCUGUCUUUCAGGUGAGGCCCACUGCCCCAUCCACUCCAUCAUCUCGCCCACCACGGAUUGAAGAAUCUGUCAUUAAAAUUGACCUGUUCAGGAAUAGGUACCCAGCAUGGGAGAGACAUGUUUUGGACCGAAGCCUCCGAAAGGCCAUUUUAGCCUUUGAAUGUUCCCCGUCUCCUCCAAGGCUGCAGUACAAAGAUGAUGCCCUUAUUCAGGAGCGUUUGGAGUAUGAAACCACUUUAUAAAACAAGAGGAUUUGGAGGAGCCACAACCUCCAGAUGAAGGGGUGACAGCAGGGCUGUGGCAAUAAGGAAACUUCAUCCUAGAGUAGGGCAACGAGCUCUAAUGUUCUUAGUCUGACCAUUGUCAUGAUUAUUGUCUGACCCUCCAUCAGUUGACUGCCUGCGGCUGGUCUCCUUUCAAAACAGCAGCCCCGAGAGUCUCCUGCUCCACCUGAAGGGAACGUGCCAGCUUACUAGGACUCCUUCUUGCUACCAACCUCCUGCGCGGUCUUUCAGCGCAUCCACCAGAGGGUACUAUUAUUAUGGAAAAUGUUGCCUCCAAUCAAUAGGGUGUUUUGAUGGAAUUAACUGAUCUUUGCAUAAAAAUAUAUUCAGUCAUACACGCACAUACACAAAUGUACACACACACUCACACACACGACACCAGUCCUCUCUCAAAAUAGCUUAGGUGAUUUUUCUUGAUGCAAAGCUCUGAUUCCCACAAGAAUAUAAAUAAAAACAAAGAGAGACUAUAUCCCUCAAGACUCCAGAAAAAAAAAAAAUAGUACUGCUUAGAAAGGAACUCAUAAACCAUUUUCUCAUUUGGAAACCAGUACCGUGCGUGAAAAGCCCAUCCAACGGACGGCAAACUCAGAUGUGUUUACACGUCUAUUAGAAUUGAUGGAAUGGUUGUUUUUGACACAUUUCAGGAUUUGUUUUUUAUUUUAAAUUUUCAGUUGAGAACAUCCUUUAUGACAUAAAUCCUAUGCAGCACGUGUGGCUUUUGACAAGACCAAGGAGCUCGAUAACUUAGUGAUGUAAAUUAAAAGAUAAUCAUGAUUGAGUAUUCAAUUGCAAAAAUUUAAUAAAUGCACAAAGAGGAAGGCGGGAUAAAGGCAAAAUGAGCAUCUGAUUUCCCGGCCUGUGCAGCUCACAUUGGAACGUAAGGGUGGAGCUGCAGGAGAGGACCCGCCUGUACCUGGAUGUUUCAGGUCGCGGAAUCCAUGGUGCUGUGCCAUGACAGCAGGCGCGAUUCCAGAACACACCAAGCUACAACUUUCUAGUGCCAAACACCGUCCAACUGCAGGACUGACACGCAAGCGCCGAACAACAGAGAAUGAGUGGCAUGAGCUCCACAAAAGCAAAAGUGAGAAUGAGCAGUCAAGUUCUCCACUGUGUACAGACCCCCCCAUCCAAGGUCAAAGUGAUGUGUCUCUUAGAGGCUUUGGGACACUUUUUAGUAAGUAUGAGCAGACAAAUGCAGUGAAUAUGCUAUGAGAAAACCCUCCUGAACUGAUUGAAAGCUUACCACUAGAUCCAGCUAAGAUUUGUAUUUGAAUCAUUUGUAAAGUCACACUCUUACAACAAGCUUCUGGGUUUUAAAUACCUCCGUACAGCAAGUAAACGUUCCCCGCUUUCUGUUCCCAGUGUCCUCGGUCAUGGUGCUUUUUUGUUGCAUUAAAAGUGCCGGUCAAACUUUGAUAGUAUUUUUUUAUAGUUGGUGCAGAGUGGAAUAACUCAUGGAUUAUUUCAAUAUUUUUGUAAUAAAAAAUAUAGGGUAUACAUAUAGGCAUCAUCACUUUUUUUAUAGACCUGGAAAUCAUUUAAAAUACUUUAAGCAUCAUAAUUACUUGGGAUGUCAGAAACUGGUCCACAAAUUCCAUCAGCCUGCCUCAGCAGAUGGAGAACAUUUGUCUCCUGCAAGAUCACCCUACUUUGCAAUGUUGGUGCCCCCAGGAACCUGGCCAGGGGUGCUAUCAGAAUAUCAGGUGACGAGAGAAUCAGCUUAACUAGAAAGGGCUUGUCAAGACUGGCCAAUGUUUCCCAGGAAAUCAAAGAUGUAAAUGAUUACUUUCAUCCUUCCAUUAUGACAAACCUGACCACAGUGGAAGAUGUCUUAACCUCCUUCCCUGGUUUUAUAUUAACCCAACUGAUAUAUUAAAUAUUAGUCGUCACUAAAAAAAAAAAAAAGAAAAAAGAAAGAAAAAAGUCAGUUUAACUUAGUUAUUUAGUUAUUUGGACUGUCCAAUUCACUUAAAAUAGUCAAGUUUUAUAACCAUCACCUAUAAUGGGUGUGUCAUACAGAGACUGCUGUCCUCGUGAUGACAUCCACAGGAAAUGACAGAGGGCUCAACCUAGGACUUCUUUUGGUACAAGCCCCAAAGCAAUCUUUAAAAGGUAGAUGAUUUUUACCAGUAAACAUACCUUCCUAGUAGUCCAUGAUUUGACCCUCCAAGCAAGAUUUCCACUAAAAAAUAAUAGUCUUUUGUUCAGAUGUGAAAAGAUUGCCUAGUCACCAGUAAAGGCCCAGGAAGAUGCUCUUCUUGCCAGCAAUUGAUGAAAACAUUCCAUCCCCUUUGUAGGAGGAAAAAAUGAUUAUGUUGGCAAAUUCCUCACUCUUAUGCAGAACCGUGAGUUAUUAGCUUCAUUAUUUCCAAGACAACUUUUAAUUGAUGAUCUUUGGAAACUGAAUUGCUCAACUGAACUAUGUCUUUGAUUCCAUGAAUAAAUAACAGGUUACAGUAUAAUAGUGUCAAUCAGCACAAACCCAAAAGGCCCCAUCACUCUUCAAUCAUGUAAGUCCUAAAUUAUUUCUCAACUCGAUCCCUCAUUUAACAUGUUAAGAGUCUAAAUGAGUGCUAUGUGAAUAAAAAAUAAUGUAUGUGAAUAAAAAAUAAUUUGUCGUAGAGACGAGAAUGCAGCCAGGAAAGUGUUAGAAGUUUGAAUUUUUCAGUGAUUUCCCAAAUACUGUAAAUACUCUGUUAUCCAACAUACUUGAAGAUUAUGAUGUUUUAGUUAGUCAAAAAUUCUUGCUAAGGAAAUAAUAUCUCCACUAUGUUAUAAAUUACAAACUUUCUCAAGAUUACAAGAACGAAAAAAUUAACUUCCGAGGAAAAUUAUGACUUAAUCUUGCUGCCAUGAUUCAGAAAGCACUGCACUGCCAUCAGAUUGUGUGGUGAUAAGAACUUUUAUUAGUUUCUAGAUACACAGAUAACAGAGAGUUUAAAGUAUUAGGAUUUAAAGAGACAUUGUCAAUGUACAGAGGAACAAAGUUUGAUUUUUGUAUUUAUAUUUUAGUUCUUCCGAGGAUUUCAUUUUCAGUCUGCCUUUGAACCCUCCACAGACAGUAACUGGAGAAUCUAACAGGAGCAAACUAAGGUUAGCACACAAACUGGAAAUGCUGGAUUCUUUGUCUGUGGGCUCCACCUUCCUGUGUCUGAGUCUAUUAAUUCUUUAAGGGGGAUCUGCCCUUGUCCUCCCUUUUUGCGUAGGACCACGAAAUUUUCUAAAAGAAAAUAUUGUAAUUUUUUUUUACUUUCAAAUUAGCAUUUCUAAAUGCAACCAUAUUUAAGAUUAAGGAACAUAUAUGUCUUAACAUACCGAGACUAAGUAUUUGUGUGGAAGAAAAGAAUUUUUCCGUGUAAGUCAAAGUUUGGUCCCCCAAAAUGACUAUGUCCUUUAAAUUCUUUUCUCACAUUUAUAUUGUCCUACUUAACUAUGUUCUGUCUACAUUUACAUUGUCCUACUUAACUAUGUUCUGUCUAGUUCAGUAACAUUGACUUUGCAGACACUCAGUUACUACUCACUUAUGACAAUGCUGUGAACCCAGUCAAUAAAAUAAAUUCUCCUACUGACAUGGCAAGAAUAUGCAAUUCAAGUAUUAGCAAGAGAAACAAUGCAAAGAUAAUAUGAAGACAAAAGUAUAAUGAAGUAUUUCUACUUAAUUUCUAAAUGCUCAAUUUAUCUUGCUCUAUGAAUAAAUGAAGCGACAGCACUGACCAAUUAAAAGUGAAUGGAAAUAAUUGAAAUCUCAAUGACUGGUUUUUUUAAAUAUCAUAUAUAUGUGUGUAUGUCAUAUAUAUAUUGUAUUAUGUAUAUUAUAUAUGUGUAUGGAGAGAUAUAUAUAUAUAUAUAUACACACACACACCUAAAGUAACAGAGAUGAAAAGGAUAAAGUAUAUACUGCCCUUUCAUGCAUAUAAAUUGGGAUGUUAUUGACACAUGAAAUUUAGAUAAAAAGUUUUUUCCUACUUCUUUUUCAACAUCAGCCCAGGCUUACAAUCCCUGUCUAUAAGACGUCAACAAACUUGUGAAUUCAGUUGGAAAUACCUACGUAUAAUUUAGCCCUUUUAGUUUGAAUGAGCUUUAUUACUCCUAAAGGAUCUCAUCUUUUAAGCAGCUAAAUAGAAGAGUUUUGAAUCAUUUCGAAGUUUCUUUCUCUGAACCAAGUGAAUUGAGCAAAGAAAACCUCUGGUAUCCUUACCAGGAUUGUGUAAGGUUACAAAUCUGCCUUUAAAUGUACCAAAUGCCGUUGAGUGGAAACAAGUUCUGACACAAUGUUUGGAAAAGAAUCUAGAGAUUUUUUUCUAAUGAACCAUUUUCUAGACUAAAUACGUGCUCCCCUGCAUUCUCACACAUCUUUCCAUUAGCCGUUACUGUUUCCGUAUAAAACUCGGAUGCAAUGCCCACAUUUCUAUGUUUCUAAGGAGAAUUCCUUAAAGACUUUGUAAAAAUAGCUCCAGCCGUCUUUCAGAAAUAUAGCUCAGAGGAUGUUGAAAUGCAUGGUGAAAACACAACAGGACUGAGGUGGUUGUUUCUAUAAUUUCAGUGAUGGAUGCAGAUCAACUCAUGUUCAUUUAUCUUCAGCAAUCCAAUGUUACCUUUGAGAACAAUCAAAAUGAUUGCUUCGGCCAGCUUGUGGCUCCUAACACCCCUUCGCCCCAUCUGAAGCUAGAGCAUUUCAAAAUGGCUAAGGAUGGGCCAUUUCCCUCUAUCACCCUCCCCCUUACUCCCUGGCCCUGUAUCAGGCUGUGAAAUGAUCUUAACAGCAGGGUUGCAUCUCUCUCCUCACUCAGGCAGGCUCCACUGUCCACUACAGAGUUCCCUCUACGGACAUAUGUCUUGUCCAGUGGCUUUCCUAAAAAUGAGCAUGUGGAAAGACUCAAUAUGUGCCUGUGAUCAACAACCUCAACAGUCUAAUUACUCAUUCAAAAGUAAAACUCUGCAAAAUGUGGGUGGAAUUGUAUAAAAACACAAUGAGCCAUUUAAUUUUGCUAAUUGUAGCAAUUAGGCUAGCAGGCACACAGCCUGAGCUCACAGCAGAAAGCCAAAUGGAAGAAGUGGCAGACAGCCAUUUGCCCACAGAAAUGAGGGGUUCAGAAACUCUCCCCGGAGUCUCUGAGGCAUCAUGUUGUUUCACCAUCCAUCUGAAGCUCUUUCUCUAGAUUCCACAAGAAAAAAAAAUCAGAUUUUUGUUAUAUUGCAGGCAAUGAUCUACCCAGAAAUGUGAAACUUCAACCUUUUGUGGCCUGUGUUCUGCUAAAUAAGAGAUGGUUUAAUGUCCCUGAAAUGUUUAAUCAUUUUGCUGAAAUAUUUUCAUGAUACACUGACAUAAUGUAAGUCAGAAACACUGACCAAGUCAAAUUUUUGCUGUGGUUAUGUCUUUUCCCCUUUGGUUUUCUUGCAUUUCAGUUCCCUAUAUUGAUAGUAGCUUACCGUCAUGGUGAGCCUAUCGUGUGCCCAGUGCUGUGCUAAAAAGCUUCAUCUCUGUGAUCUCAUUUAAUCCUCAAAACUGUCCGUGAGUUAAGUACCAUUUACAGAUGACAAAAGUUAAACUCCAAGAUGUUAAACAAAUUGCCAGGGGUCUCACAGCUAGGAAACAGUGGAGCUAAGAGUUGAACACAACUUGUAACAACUUUUAACAACUGCAAAUCCUUCUAGAAGACCAAAGAAUGUUUUCCCAACAAAAUCUGUUCCUGAUUUGGCAAGCUUCCAGGAGAAAAAAAGUGUGGUCUGACGAUCAAAUGUUUCAAAGAAAAUUUUGUUUAAAAGUCAAAUAUGUCUUUCAAAAUGAAAAGUUAAAAAUUAAAAAGUCAGUGAUGAGAAGUGGAAGCCUGUAUCACCCGUAACUGAAUUUUACUUCAACACCCUAAUUCAUAGUAGGCAGAUAAAUGCUACAUUUUCAUUUCAGACAGCUGUACCCCUCCAUGACCCUAUGAUACACUAACGUAGUGAUAAUUGGAAAUUAACCCAAUGGCUCUUCUCUUGUGUUCAAUACAUGUACGCUACUGUCGUCAAAGUAGACAGACUGAAAAAUACCUCAACCCCACUACUUACUUUGAUACUGUGACCAAAAAAAAGAAAGAAAGAGAGAAAGGAAAGAAAGACAGAUCAACAAAUGUUUGCAGUGACAUUCUUCUAUUCCAUUGCCAUAAUUUUUCCCUAAAUUUUAUUUAAGAGGAUUAUUAUCCCACUAGCUUUGCCCAUCAUAUAAAUCUAGGAACGUUAUUUUAGAUGGAAAGUUUAGAUGCAAAGAAUAUAGCAAAUAUUUGCCAAAUAUUUGUUGAAUUGAUUAUAAAAUAAUUGAUGUAUCCUUUCCCUCCUCACCUUGGAUGUAAUCUGUCUGAGGUCUACAGGAUGACAGAGUUGUAACCAUUCAAUGACAUAUAGUAAGCUGUGUGUGUUGUUGUUUGAAUUGAUGCUAAAAAGGUAGCCAAUAAUAAACCAAAAAUUUCCUCAACGCUGGGGUUAAUUUUAAAAAGAUAUGCAGUGGUCAAUCGGAAUUUAACAUAUUAAAAAUAAGAGCAGUCAUCUAUCUUCUUGCUUUAAUAAGCUUUAAGCAGAUCUUUAUGAAGUUAUGUUACAUUAGAAGUCACUAAUUUUUAUAGAAAAUAGCAUCUAAAAGAGAUCCAAGUGUUACUUCAGCACACUUCUUUUAUAGAUGAGACAACGGAGAUCCAAAAAGAUCAGGCCAUUUUUGUAAUCAGGAUUCCUUCAGUCGUUCAUUCCAUAGGCAUGAUCUAUAUGGCGAGUAUUGGGGGGCAACACACAGCCAAGUGCAAGAGGAACCCACAUUCCUGCCGCUCACACUUUGGUUAUUAGUAGCAGAAUAAGAGUCUCCUGACUUCAACUCUAACUCUUCUGCUCUGCUACACUGCUUCUCUUUUUAAUAUCAAUCUUUAAUUCUAUACUAGAGUAAUAAACAUAAGCUUUCCCAAGAUUGUGUUAUGUUAACCUCACAAUACACAAUUGCCACACACAAUGACAAACAAAAGGCAAUGACAUAAAUAUAAAUCAACAAUGGAAGACUACCUAUAAAGAGAAAAGCAAUGUUUUAAUUUGUUCUUAUGCCUCUCCAACACCAGAUAUUUUUAAAUCAAGGUCACAAAGCAACAAAAAAAUUAAAAUACUCUUUUGGCACAUAGGCUUUAACUCAAAACAGUCACCUCUGAGUAAAUUUUGGAGAUAUUCCUGAGAAUGUCUUUUAAGAAAGGGCAUGAAAUUGGGAUGCAUCUAAAAUAUCUGAAGAAUUUUCUAAUAGGCUAGUUCUCUGAUUCAGGAAACAUCCUUCAUUAUCACAUAAGAUACGUCUCCAGCAUGCUAGUUAUUUAGGAAUCACAAAUUUCCAGACAUAAACCUCAGUUAUUCCAACAUGAGAGGUUGUUCUAAAGCCAUACUGCUGAUGCCCAGAAGGGCGGCACUGUGCUGUGUGACCCUCAGGAGUCAGGACGGCCCGACUCGCCUGGUAUGGAUGCUCAUGCUGGCAUUAUACCCAACCCAAGCUCUCCUGCAAUAUGGCUCAGAGUAAUUGGCUUCCCAUGAUGUAAGGAAUGUAGGACUGUUUAAAGGUAAUUAUUAACUUGCUUAACUAAUUUUCUCUACCUGAAAUAAUUCUGGUCCAGGAAUGUUUAAACCCAUUGGUCCUCUAUGGAGUAAAAACAGAGAAAAAAGCUUAUUAAUUUUUACAAGUACAGAACAAUUCAAAGAAUUCCUUGGUGAGUUCCAUCAAGCAUCAAUAAAACAGUUGACCUAAAAAUGAUGCCAGGUCUGAGGAUUUCUAGGUUCAUGCCACGUUAACGGUUCGUUGCCAUGAUUACUGCUGUUUUAGCCAUUGCACCAGAUAAGAAGAAUAUAGUUACUGGUAGGAUGUUUGCAGAGCAAGAUCACAUUUAACAAAACAGAUCAACAUCAAAUCGAAAUAGUCAAAUUGAUAAGCAAAUAUUACCAGCACAGUACCAACGCAAAAUUUUCUUUUGUGUUAUUAUUGAAGCCUGUCAUCUACUCUGUUAUUAGAAUUUCAGAAAAUGUAAGGUUUCAUGUUUUUAUUAUACUUCCACCUACCAAAUUAAGCUCGUGGCCGCUCUCCUCUCUCUAUUGCUUGAUUUGCAUUAAAAUGGAAGUAAUCAAAUUCUUACUUCAUUUAAAUACUACAAAUAUUAACAAAUGGAGAUGUUGUGUUUAAGCUAAUUUAACUUAACUGUUCUAGUGGUAUUCUGGUAUGGAGUUGUAGCAAAUCAACGCUCUCAGUUAUUUCAAAUUAAUUCAUUUAUCAGUAAGUCCUAAAACACCCCUGAGUGUGUUGAAGGUAUAUUUCGGGUUUCUAUCACCGUAAGAAAUUCCUAUUUUGAUUACAAACCAGUAGAACAUGUCUUAAUCAACACCAGUAUUUCAAUCCAUUAUGAUUCUGGAAAAUGAACACUUGCGUUUGAGUGUGCUGGACAUAUUAACUUACAAUUAACCCUGGACCUGUAGCUUGCAAUUGGCCCCACUGUGAAUCCUUACUUUAUUAAAAUUGGGAGCAAUAGCACAUUAUCCCAAAACCAAAGCAGAUCUGCCUGCUAGUCCAAGGAUUGUUAUUUUAUAUCCUCCUUUCAAAGAACUACUAAAGUCUUUAAUUUCCCUUAUUAACCUUUCUAACGUAUUGUACACAGAAAAGGAAAUGGAUCUCUGAAGUAUGUUUGGAAAGCCUUGUCUGAAUCAGACACUUGGUGCUCUGUGAAAAGAAAGAAAUCUCUCCUACCUCAAGAGAGGGGAAGGGGAGCAAGCCAGUCACGUUCAGAAAUUCCAGCCUCGACUGUCACAAAGCUGCAUAUUGCUGAUGCUAUCGAUUCCCUUCUUUUUUACAGAAACGUCUUGGAACUUGUCAAGCUUAACUGAAGGUGAUUUGCGUUAAUUAAUUCAACAGACCCUUUAAUCUUGCAAAUUCUUGACUUGUAAUAUUGUAGCCAAGUUACAGCAAAGGAAAAUGAAUCAGUUAGUGGAAAGGAGCACGCUUUCAGUGUCAGCCGGGACGUGCCCAGGCCUGAAGAGAAAGACCUCUGUGAAGCAGGGCACUAAUGAAUUCGUGCUACCUGCUUCCUCAUCAUUCAUGCUAUGAAUAUUCAUCCGCUUUGUUUGUUUUUGCCAGUAAGCACUGCAUUGAAAGAAAGAAAAAAAGUCGAUGGAUUCCUGAGGUCUUGCAUAGCUCAGAGAAUGGGUACUGGUCCUGGAGAUUCGCUUUCAAUGGAUAUAAACCUACUUGUGUUUGGAAAUGAACAAAUGUCACUGUCAUCUCUUUAAUGAUUGAUCUGUCUGAGUACAGUUGCUGACUUUACUUCAUUUCUUGAGAGUACCAUUGUCAGCAUUGUAAUAACCAAUUUUAGAGUUAAAAUCUGCAUGGGUGUAGCUAUUGAAUAAUUGGAUUCCUGCCUCCUAGGUGUGACAUUGCCACUUUCAAACUGAGACACAUUUAUAUUUAGAAGCGGCUCUCCUGUUAUUUCUCAGACUCGCUAAGUCCUUGGUUACAAGCUCUAAGAUCACCAAUCUGACAUUCUUAAUGCCUAAAUGUUCACCUAAAAGCAAACAAGUAGUCUCAUAAUUAAAAUCAUGCUUUUUCCCACUUGCUUCUCUGUUUUUAAAUAAAGGUUUGAGUUGCAAGGUAAGAAUGAUAUACGGCAGACCGUAGUUUCAGAGUGUCCAAGAGAGUUGGGCAUCCAUAUGUUCUUGUAAAGUUGUCUGUCUAACCCUUCGGUAUAACAGUUUUAGGAGUGAACCCUAGAUGAAUGAGUGAAAGUCAGCAGAUUUAUCCCAUGAGCAAUCCAACAGCAAAAUAGGAAGCAGGAGCAGGGAUCAUUGUUCUUGUGUUUUGAAGAUAUUUCUCUGUCCUAAGUGAUCAUCUUGGGGAUUAGCUCCAAGAUGUACCCAGAGCUCCUGAGCAAUUGUCCCAGUUACAGAUGCAGUAUGGUGCUGCGUCACUGAUUCCGGCAAGUUGUUUUUCAGAACUAUUUCUUGGCACAGGAACCGAAAUUUAAUGGUAAAAAAAAAGUGGCCUGCCACCAUGUGACUUAUUUUCAAUUGCAAGGCAAUGAAAACUAAGUUGAAGAAAAUGCUAAUUUCCUGAGCUCCAAAAGCAAAAUAGGCACAAACGUACUUUGUAAUGUACAAUGAGUUGCUUGACUGUGGGCCACAGAGCAAUAAACGGUCCUCUUAAACAAGGUUCAUGCAUAAGAGUGACUGUAAGUGGUAUUGGGACAGGAGGUUUUAUUAAUGUAGAGGUGCAGGUGUGACGGGAAACCUGUCAGUGGCUUGCCAGGAAUAUUUGCUUUUUUAUAGAACAGAGGUUCAAGGUCUCCCCUACCAUUCUGGAGCAAUGGCAA